AUGGAGCUUCGCCGAGCGUCGUGCUGCGUUGGAGCUCUUGGCACGCCGUUGAGAGCUGCAAUGGAGCUUCGUGGGGAUGUCAUUGAUGCUGCGUUGAAGCUUUUCACGCUCGGUGCUAGAGGAGAAGAUGAGGAUGUCGCUGCUGAGAUCUGCGUCCCAACACCUACGCCGCCGCCGCGACUACUCCUCCUCCGCCUUGCCAGAGUGGAAGGUGGCCACCCACUCUUCUUCUCCCUCUCCCUCUACGACAUCGCCGCCACGCCCGGCAUCGCCGCCGACGUCUCCCACAUCAACACCCGUGCGCUGGUAUUGAAGGGCUUCGUCGGGGACGACCAACUCGGGGAGGCGCUGGAGGGCGACAACCUCGCCAUCAUCCCCGCCGGGGUGUCCCGCAAGCCCGGCAUGACCAGGGAUGACCUCUUUAAGAUGAACACCGGGAUCGUCAAGGGCCUUUGCACCGCCAUCGCCAGACACUGUCAUCGUACCAACCCGAGCCCGCACCCGAUCUAG